AUGAGCGUUAGCGAAAAUUGUGAGCUUAGGAAGCCAGUUGACGCCACUAUCCAGCCAUGGGAAACCCCAAUCGCUGGUGUCAAAUACCAGACGGCUACCCUUUACGCUUGGAAGCCACAAGCUAUGGCUGCAAAUCGCCAUGGGCGGAGUCUAAGGGGCCUUCCUAUUCAAUCGGUCCGCACCGAUUGGCCCGAUUUUGAGCAACUGCACAAUAUACGGGCAGAUUUAAAAGCAACGAAUGGUUUUUGCCAAAUUCGCCCAGUAUAG